UGCUGACCUUGUGGAUUCCAGUCGUCCCUUUCUCUUCGGGGUUUGUGCCAUGAUGUAGGAUCCUGUGUGGGGGAAGACGGAGCAAAGGACAGGCUGUAACCAGGUGGACCAUCUCUGUGAAGACUGAAUGUAAAGGAAAAGCACCAAGGUCAUGAUCGACUGGCUAAAUGUGAGCGUGGCCAGCCAGCAAGCGCCGGGCCUGAAACCCGAGGAGCUCCAGAAGUCCAAAUGUGUUCUGGGCUUCUUCCCCGUUAUCUACUACAGUAUUCUUCUCUGUGUCGGAGUACCAGUGAACAUUCUAACCGCCGUGGCCUUGUCUCGACUGGCGUACCGCACAAAGAAGGCACUGUAUUACUACCUUUUGGCGGUGACGGGCUCAGAUAUUCUCUCCCAGCUCUUCAUCAUCUUUGUUGGCUUCCUGCUGGAGACCGCCGUCUUCCACCGUGAUGUCCCUGCAGUCCUGCUACACAGUGUCAGCGCUGCUGAGUUUGCAGCCAAUCACGCUUCUAUCUGGUCAACCGUACCCCUCACCGUGGACCGCUAUGUGGCGCUGUGCCACCCCCUCCUCCACCGCAAGAUCAGCUACCCAGCAAGGACCAGGAAGAUCAUUGCAGUGGUACUGACCUUAUCCCUUGCCUCAGGUGUGCCCUUCUUUUGGUGGUCAGACAUGUGGCGAAACAGUCACCCGCCCACGUCUUUGGACAGCGUCCUCAUCUGGACACAUGUGAUCAUCAUCUACUUCCUGCCCUGCAGCAUCUUCCUGGUGCUGAACUCGUUGAUAAUCCACACACUGAGAGUGAGGCAGAGGCCGCAGUAUGUCACUGAGCAACACGGGUCCAAGUCGGCCCCGAGACGACGACUUGUGAAAACCACAGCGAUGCUGCUAGCCAUCACCUCCAUCUUCUCCGUGCUGUGGGGACCCAGGACCAUCGUGGUUGUCUACCACCUGUACGUGUCAUCGGUUCACAGUGACUGGCGUAUCCACCUGGCUUACGACCUGUCCAACAUGCUAGCUAUGCUCAACACAGCUGUUAACUUCUUCCUCUACUGUUUCGUCAGCAAGCCUUUCCGCAGCACCGUGGGGGACGUGCUGCUCUUCAGAUGGGGGCCUAUGUUUUCCAGGCAGGUCCUGCAGCAGCCGCGGGGUCCCACCAACGCGUCCAUCUCUUCUCUGUACAGCGGGCACAACAAGCGGUCACAGGGGGAUCCCACCACUUUGCCCCCUCAUCGGACGGGCAACCCAUCAUGA